CGUGGCGACAGGCGAGGGCCGGGGAGCGGCGGCUGGCGCCCGGCUGCGGGGUCUCGGGGGAGCGGGCGGCGGUUGGAUGGGGAGCGCGCCGCCGUGCCCGCCCUGUUCCCCGCCCUGUUCCCCGCCCUGUUCCCCGCCCUGUUCCCCGCCCUGUUCCCCGCCCUGUUCCCCAGGCAGGGCUGCGCCGCGCUCUCAUGGAGGACGAAGACUGCCCCGACCUGGUGCCGAUAGAGGCCGGCGGCGCGGACGAGGCCGGGCCCAGCCCCGGCCGGAGGAUCCCCGUCACCAUCAUCACGGGCUACUUGGGAGCUGGGAAAACAACUCUUCUAAAUUACAUACUGACAGAACAGCAUAAUAAAAGAAUAGCAGUUAUUCUGAAUGAGUUUGGAGAAGGAAGUGCCUUGGAGAAAUCCCUGGCAAUCAGUCAGGGGGGAGAACUCUAUGAAGAAUGGCUGGAGCUCAGAAAUGGAUGCCUAUGCUGUUCAGUAAAGGACAGUGGUGUGAAGGCUAUUGAGAACCUGAUGCAAAGGAGAGGAAAAUUUGACUAUAUAUUGUUAGAAACAACUGGUUUGGCAGAUCCAGGAGCAGUGGCCUCCAUGUUCUGGGUUGAUUCUGAGCUAGGAAGUGACAUCUAUCUUGACGGUAUCAUAUCUGUUGUUGAUGCAAAGCAUGGCUUACAGCACUUGACAGAGGAAAAGCCAGAAGGCCUUGUCAAUGAAGCAUCUCGGCAGGUUGCGUUAGCUGAUCUUAUAAUCAUCAAUAAAACAGAUUUGGUUUCAGCAGAAGAAUUGAAUAAAGUCAGAACAUCUGUCAGAUCAAUAAAUGGACUUGUUAAAAUUCUAGAGGCACAAAGAUCAAGAGUUGAUCUCUCAAAUGUCUUGGACCUUCAUGCUUUUGACAGUUUAUCUGGAAUAAGUUUGCAGAAAAAGCUUGAGCAUGUAAAGACAACACAUGCACACCUAGACAAGGGUAUAAUUACUGUAACAUUUGAAGUUCCAGGAAAUAUAAAAGAAGAAAACUUACAUCUCUUUAUUCAGAAUCUUCUGUGGGAGAAGAAUGUGAAAGAUAAGACUGGCCACAUCAUGGAUGUCAUAAGACUGAAGGGACUGGUAUCUAUUCAAGGCAAAUCUCAUCAGGUGAUAGUCCAAGGUGUUCAUGAGCUCUAUGAUCUGGAAGAGACUGCAGUAGCCUGGGAAGAAGAUGAAAAGAGAACAAACAGACUGGUCCUAAUAGGCAGGAACUUGGAUAAGGAGACGAUCAAAGAAGUAUUCAUAGCCACUGUGAGAGAGAAACAAGGAAACAGUUGACAUCGAACUACAAAAGACAUGAAAUGUCUGCUUAACCCUGCAAGCUCUUAAUGAUAGAAAAGACUGAAUGACAGGCAGUAUAGUAGUUUCUUUUCCCUCUUGCAGUUUACACAACAGUUAAACCCUGAAGUCCUCCAAAGAAUCACAGGUGACCAACUGUUUAAAGAUUAGCUCUUAUACUCUAGAAUUAAACACAAGGAAUUCUACCAUUUUGGAUUUAGCUUAAGAUAUGUCAGUAACAUCAUUUACCUGUGCAGAAAUCCACAUAGGCAAAAGACUUGUUUACGCUGAACGUGAAAUGACACUAUAGGAAUAUGGAGUGUGUUUGCCUACUGCUUUCUCCAGCUAACUCUUUUAUUGCUGGAAAUGAAGUUAACAGUGAUUAUUUCCAGUGAUGUAAUCACAGUGAAAAGUAUUUAGUGUUUACUAUUAAACUGUCUUCCAUCUCUU